AACACGACUCACCAUAUUACUUAGCAAUCGAAGAAGGUUCUUGAAAUGGCAUUCAUCCAAGCAAUCUUCUUCACUCUUGCCUUGCUAUUGUCCUCAGCCCAUGCAGCUACCAUUGUUGUUAAAAACAAUUGUGGACAUACCAUAUGGCCAGCCACAUUAACAAGCGGUAGCGGACAACCCCAACUCGCCAUGACUGGAUUUGAAUUAGCUUCAUCAGAGUCCCAGACUCUCAAUGUCCCUACACCAUGGACGGGUAGGAUUUGGGCUCGAACCCGCUGCUUCACAGAUGACUCUUCAAGGUUUUCUUGUGAAACGGGAGAUUGUGCCUCUGGCUCUAGAGAUUGCAAUGGCGCUGGAGGAAUUCCACCAGCUACCUUAGCUGAAUUCACAUUNGAACCCGAACUAUUACGAGGUGUUGCAAACUUCACUAGAUCAGGGGGUGCAGCCGAAGUUGUGGUUGGGGUUGGCGUAGGCGUGCCCGGUGCAGCUACUGGUGGCGGUGAUGGUUUCCGAUGCUGCGCUCCUCCUUCUCCCGGCUUGGUGACGAGUUACUCCACCAUGAAUUGA